AUGAAUUAAUAUAAUCUUGGGAAGGGCAAAUAAUAAAAGUAAUUUCAUUUGAUCUUGUCUCCUCUUAAACUUGAACAAUCUUUACGUAUGAAGAAUAAUUAUUUGGAGAAUUCAUUAUAUUAUUAACAUACAACUCCUAGAACAAUACUGCCAUAAUUUACACCUUAAAAAAAAAAAGCUUAAAUAAGUUUUCAAGAAUCAAAGAAUUCUCCACAAUCGUAAUUGGUCACAUCAUUUAAAGUAAGACCCAGAAAUUUUCAUUAAGAAAAAGUACAAUUUUAAAGCAAUUUGAGUAACUCAUUUAUUUAGAAUUAGUAAAGGUUCAAUCAAGAUUAAUUCCUGAUGAUAAUUUUAAAUUCAAAGCAAAAUAUGCAGCUAGAUCAAGAAAGGGAGUUUAAGGAGGAAAUGCUACUAAAGUGAAUUAGGAUGCAUUUAUAUGCUGUGCAAAAAUAGAAAAUAAUGAAUGUAUUCAUCUAUUUGCAAUAUGUGAUGGACAUGGUGAAAAUGGACAUUUUGUGAGUGGAUUUAUAAAAGCUCAUCUUCCAACAUUAGUAUCUAAAAAUAAAAUGAUAUUAGAGAGAAGGUAUAUAAUAAAAUAUAAUAUUAGUUCUUCAUAAGGAUUAAUGAUCAUAAUUUAAGGGCUUUCUGAUUUGUUACAAAAGAGUAAUAUCGAUAUUUCUUUUUCAGGAUCAACUUUAGUGAUAGUUUAUCUUUAAAAUAAUAAAGUAAUUAUAGUAUUAAAAAAUAUUAGCUAUAUUGUGCAAAUUUGGGAGAUUCGAGAGCAGUUCUAUUAAGUAGAGAUGAUAAAUGGAAAAUGAAACCAUUAUCAAGAGAUCAUAAACCAAGUUGUAAAGAUGAAGCUGAUCGAAUCUUAGCUAAUGGAGGAAGGAUUGAUCCACUUAUGAAUAAUUUAGGAUUAUUUGUUGGUCCAUUAAGAGUGUGGACUAAUUAGAAUGUACCAGGUCUAGCUAUGACUAGAUCACUUGGUGAUGAAAUAGCACAUUCAGUAGGUGUUAGUGAUAAACCUGAAAUACUGUAAUUUGAUUUAGAGAAGAGUGAUAAAGUAAUCAUAUUGGGAAGUGAUGGAUUAUUUGAAUUUCUUAAUGAUGAAUAAAUUGUCAAUUGCAUAACUCCUUAUUAUGAUAGUUCUAAUAUUGAAGGAGCUUGUAAUCAAUUAAUGUUGGCUGCUUGCAAUAGUUGGAUGUAAAAAUGCAAUAACCUUAUUGAUGACAUUACUUUCAUAGUAUUAUUCUUAACUUAUUGA